AGCAUGUACCAGCUGUCGCAGACAAAAGGUGAGCACUCGCCUGGAUAUGUCCUAUCUACUUUUCUUGACGAUAGUGUUACUAGAUGCGGACAAGCUUGUGUUUUUGAAAAGGUUGCCAAACCCGAUCAAAUGGACAGUAGCUCCUUGGAACGGUUAACGGAGGUCGAAAACGAAAUCGCGACAGUCAAAAACAACCAGACAGUCAUGCAAACUACUCUUAACGAUAUCCUCAGUGAACUGCGACGAUCAAACGGGAGGCCAGCAGACCCUCCGAGCGCUACUCGCCCAUCGCUAGUUUCGCCUCGCGCCGCCACCAACGGGCUCUCGGACCACAGUUCAUCAAGUCCACCAACUCCUUCAAAUGGUAGUCUACCCUAUCUCGUCGAGCCAAGUACUGCUUCACCCGUGGCCAUCGAGAGCUAUUCUAAGUACUCAUGGACAGGCUUUUCUCUUGGUGGAACUUCUCGUCCGCACCGGACCACCGACGCAGCCCAUCAUGUCACUUUUGCCUUUCCUCGACCUGUCCACCAUACGUCAAGACGGAGUGGGACGAUGACACCCUACCGUGAUUCAGGAGUCAGCUCUCCGGCGAAUUCAGAUGUCGACAUCCCAGCCCAUGCCCUUGUGGCACCUAUCGAAGUUAUCAAUGAUCUGGCUGAGGCUCCGUCCGAACAAGGACGUCCAAACAAGAAACGAAAGAGGACCGAGUCCUUUGGCGUAGGAGAUUAUGAACCUUCUCAAAGUAUUGAUCAGCCGGGAGCUGGGACUUCAAGGCGCGAGCUAGAC